AUGCCCCAGACACGAUCAAUUCGCAUCGGAGGAUGCUCCGGCUCGAGUGCCGACCGCCGCGAUGCUAUGCGCCUAUUCGCAGCCAACCAUCAGAACGACCCCGUGGACGUCAUCAUCGGUGACUGGAUGUCGGAGGCUAAUAUGACCACCAAAGAUUCCGGCAAUGCCUACGAGGCUAGCUUCCUCGAGGCACUCGAACCAGCCCUCUUAGACAUUGCCAAACACAAGAUCAAAGUCGCCGCCAAUGCCGGUGCUGCUGACACCGAAAAGCUUUGCCAAGUAGUCAUGAAGCUGGUGAAAAGCAAAGGGUUGGAUUUGAAUGUGGCCUGGAUAUCGGGCGAUGAAGUCUUACCCGCGGUUCAGAAAGCCAUGGACGCAGGGCAUUCCCAGUUUGAGAACAUCUACACCGGGGAAGUCUUACGGGAUUGGAAAUUCAAGCCUAUCUAUGCCCAGGCAUACUUGGGAGGCCUCGGCAUCGCGACAGCUUUCGCCGAGGGUGCAGACAUUGUCAUCUGCGGAAGAGUAGCAGAUGCAUCUCCCAUCAUUGGCUCUGCGUGUUGGUGGCACAACUGGAAGCGGACCGACCUCGACCAGCUUGCCAACGCCUUCGUAGCCGGCCAUCUGAUUGAGUGCUCUAAUUACGUAUGCGGCGGCAACUACACCGGCUUCAAGUCCCUCGAAGACAAAGGUUGGGACGACAUCGGAUACCCCAUUGCAGAGAUCUCUUCCGAAGGCGGGGUCGUCAUCACCAAGAGCCAAGGGUCCGGCGGCGAAGUCUCCAUCAACACAUGCUCCUCCCAGCUGCUCUACGAAAUCCAAGGUCCAUGGUAUUUCAACUCCGACGUGACUGCCAUCCUCGACUCCGUCUGGUUCGAGCAGCUCUCGACCGAUCGCGUGGCCGUGCAUGGCGUCAAGUCCGCGCCGCCGCCUCCAACCACCAAAGUCGGGCUAACAGCGCACGGCGGCUACCAAGCUGAGUUCCACUGGUUCAUGGUCGGGCUGGAUAUCGCGGCCAAGGCGCGCAUGAUGGAGCGGCAGAUCCGCAAGCUGCUCGGACCGGCGCGCAUCCAGCGGCUCUCCAAGCUCACCUUCACCCUACACGGUACCGCGCCUGAGAAUCCAACCAGUCAAGCCGCAGCGACGGUCGACAUGCGCGUGCUGGCGCAGGCCCCCGUGGCCGAGGCGCUCGCGCCCAAGCACUUCGCCCGCCCCUGCAUCGACCCCAUCAUGCAGGGCUAUCCCGGUGCCACGCCGCAUCUCGACCUGCGCAUGGCCUUCCCUCGACCAAUCCAUGAGUACUAUGUCACAUUGCUGCCGCAGGCGGACAUCCGCCACCGUGUGCACCUCCCCUGGCGUGGUGGAGAGGUGCUGGACAUCCCACCACCACCACAGACACGCGUUUGGGACAAAAUUCAGCCUAGUCAGCCUACCACUACUGCUAUCGGCGGUGCCGUAGACCCUGCGACGGCAUUCGGGAAGACUGUUCGCGGUCCGCUGGGCUGGCUUGUGCAUGCACGUAGCGGGGACAAGGGCAGUGAUUGCAACGUUGGGUUUUGGGUCCGACAUCAGGACGAGUGGGACUGGUUGAGGGGAUUGUUGAGUGUGGCAAAGAUGGAGAAGUUGCUAGCGGAUGAGUUCAAGGGAAAGCCGAUCGGUCGCUUCGAAUUGCCGAACAUGCGCGCCGUUCACUUCCUGCUACAUGAACAUCUUGACCGCGGUAUCUACCUGUGA